AUGGUAGCCAACAGCAAUGUACAUAUGAUCCGUCAAGAAAACCAUGAAUGCGAGGGUUUGAUGUUUGCACAGAAUAGUAUUUCGCUGAGGUUGCUAAACCCGACGACCGCGAGUAGUUCUGCCACAUUACAGCAGGCUUUAAUCGAGCAGCACAACGGAACCAGUUGCUCUUUAGUCGGAUCGAAAGAUGAUAGUGGAGAAUUUGGUUCACAAUCAAUUAGCAAUGGCACCAGGGAUGAGGGUGGAGAAUCUUCCCGACGACGAAAGAAAAAAUCAAGAUGGAGCGAUGGCGAUCACCUCCAAACAUUCUUUCCAACGUUACUGCCAUCGACGCUGACGCCUGAACAGCAAGAAGCGUACUUGUUGCAACUACAAAUAGAGGAAAUAAGCUAUAAGUUGAGAACGAGCGAACUAAUGAUACAGCAGAAUCUGGCACAAAGGUCCCCAUCGCCUGAACCGAUUUACAGCAGCGAUGGUAAGCGAGUGAAUACGCGUGAGUACCGCUUGCGCAAGAAACUGGAAGAACAGCGCCAUCAGCUGAUCCAACGUAUGCAAUUACUGAAUCCAGACUAUAACCCUCCUGCGAACUACAAGCCGCCAGUAAUUCGCAUCGAAGACAAGGUAUUGAUCCCGCAGGACGAGUAUCCGCACAUCAACUUCGUCGGAUUGCUCAUUGGUCCGCGCGGCAACACGCUUAAGACGAUGGAAAAGGAUACAGGGGCGAAGAUAACCAUCCGCGGGAAAGGAUCCGUAAAGCAGGGUAAGAUCAGACGACAGGAUGGUCCGCCACUGCUAGGUGGGGACGAACCGCUGCAUGCGUUUAUCACCGCCAGCAAUCACGAAGUCGUGCAGAUUGUGGUCAACCGCAUAAAGGAAAUGAUCCGUCAAAGUAUUGAAGAACCGGAACAGCUCAACGAUGUGCGCCAAAGGCAACUGCGCGAACUGGCCCAGCUUAACGGUACACUGCGCGAAAAAGACGGAUCGCGCUGUAACAACUGUGGUUCAAACGAACACAAGAGCUGGCUGUGCCCGAAUAAACAGAACAACAUCGUCUGCUUGGCGUGCGGUGGUAUUGGCCAUAUUACGCGCGAUUGUAGCUGCAAGCAGCCCGGCCACAGUGAACCAUCGGAGACCGGUGGCAAUUGCGCUAGUAUGGUUACGAAAUUCGACGAAGAGUACAUGAACCUACUGGCGGAGCUUGAUGAGGUGCCACCGCCACAAGACGGUUACGGUGUAGGGACUGGUAACGGUAGUGGUAUCGAUACUGGGGGAAUAGAUGUGUCACGCGAACGUUAUAAUAAAUCGAAAAACAACAAAUCGCGAUCGCCUCCACAACUUCUGAAGGAAACACCUUACAAUCUACCCUUUCCCAUGGAUAACAACCCACAAACGUCGACCGGCGACAAUGGUUUCGGAACUGAUACUGGCAGUAUUUCUUCUUAUGCCAACAAUGGACAGCAGUCGCUUCCGUUGAUGUCAAUGCCACCUAUUCUACUAUCGCAAACCACCUCGUUUCCGCCUACACCGGCCAUACCGUCGUUGAUGCAGUGGACACCGCGGACAUCCUUACUACCAACCGAGUAUGCAAAGAUACAGACCCUGAAUCACCAAAGUGCUAGCGGCGCAUCGCCUGACAUAGACGUAACGGGUAGAAGUUCCGAAAGUUUACUGUGGUCGUGGUGUUCAUCCACACUAAACGGAUUUGGACUACCACCGCCGCCCUGGACGGCGCCACCACCACCAGCCAUAUCGCCACCUGUUUUAAUUCCACCACCGCCACCACCACCA